CCGUUUUGUAAUUUGUGUUUGUCAUCGAAAACAAAUCCCUCGUUGCCAAAUCGGAAUCAAAAUCGAGAUCAAAUGGCAUCCCCACGCGAGGAAAGUGUGUAUAUGGCGAAGCUUGCCGAACAGGCGGAGCGCUACGAGGAGAUGGUCGAGUUCAUGGAGAAAGUUGUCGGCGCCAUCGACGGUGACGAACUCUCCGCCGAGGAGCGGAACCUCCUCUCCGUCGCCUACAAAAACGUCAUCGGUGCUCGACGCGCUUCCUGGAGGAUUAUAUCCUCCAUCGAACAGAAGGAGGAGAGCCGAGGCAAUGACAGCCACGUGUCGGCUAUCAAAAGCUACAGAUCCACGAUCGAGUCUGAGCUGUCCUCCAUUUGCGACGGCAUACUCAAGCUCCUUGAUACCAAGCUCAUUGGAUCCGCGGGUACUGGUGAUUCCAAGGUCUUUUACUUGAAGAUGAAGGGCGAUUAUCAUCGCUACUUGGCAGAAUUUAAGACUGGAGCUGAGCGCAAAGAAGCUGCCGAGAACACGUUGUCGGCUUACAAGUCCGCUCAGGACAUUGCCAAUGCUGAGCUUGCUCCCACACAUCCAAUCCGGCUUGGACUGGCACUCAACUUCUCAGUCUUUUACUAUGAGAUUCUGAACUCUCCUGAUCGAGCUUGUAAUCUUGCCAAACAGGCUUUUGACGAGGCAAUUGCUGAAUUGGACACUUUGGGGGAGGAAUCAUACAAGGAUAGCACUUUGAUCAUGCAACUUCUCCGUGACAAUCUUACAUUGUGGACUUCAGACAUGCAGGAUGAUGCUUCUGAAGAAAUCAAGGAAGCUCCGAAGCCUGAUAACGAGCAGUAGAUUUCAUUUUUACAUUUUGAGUGUUGUGAUAUUGCCUCAAUAGUAAUCUGCAAUCUAGCAGAGGGGGAUAAAAGGACGGAAAAAAAAUACAAGAGAAAAAACAAGAAAGAUGGUCAUAAGAAGUAUUUAGCUUUGAUAAUCGACUUCUUUUUUUGUGGAGGCCUUUGUCCCACUGGCUUUCAUGGUUUUUCAUCCUUCAUUUCUCAGUAAGCAUACUGAUGAUGUCUGCUAAAAUUUGCUUAUGAAUCAUUGUUUUCUCUCUCU